AUGCUGAACAAGGUGGAUGUCCUUUGUCUGCUGGAAACCAGAAUCAAAGUGGAUAAAUCUGAAACAAUUUUUUGUUCUAAAUUUUCUAAUUGGAAUUUUUGUUCUAAUUAUGAUUAUGCCAUCAAUGGAAGAAUAUGGAUGCUUUGGCGGAAGGGAAUAGACCUGUCCAUCAUUCAAGUUGCUGAUCAGUGUAUUACUGCCAAAGGGAACUUUCAAGGUAAACCGGUAUUCAUUUCUUCCAUCUACGGUAGUAAUGAUGGAGUUCACCGUAGGCAGCUUUGGCAAAAGAUAAAGGAUGUUGAGUCUAUUGUUGAUCAAUCUCCUUGGGUCUUAGGAGGAGACUACAAUAUUUUUUUGCACUCUCAAGAAAGUUCUGACCACGAUCUCUUAGGUCAUUACCUCACUCCUGACAUGAAAGAUUUCCAAGUAUUCACUCAAGAGCUUGCUUUGCACGAUCACCCUUUUUUUGGUCCCAAUUUUACUUGGAGUAACAAACAACAAGAGCUUUUUCUUGCUAGGAAGCUUGACAGAGUCUUAGUCAAUCCUAGAUGGGACUCUGCUUUUCCUAAUUCCUUUGUUGAAUUCCUCGCUCCUGGUGUCUCUGAUCAUUGCAUGGCUGUAAUUUGGCUUUCCAAAGAUCCUCCUGCUUCUAGGCCGAAACCGUUCAAAUUCUUUAAUUUCUGGACUGCCCAUCCAGUUUUUUUGAGUAAUGUUAGACAGUCUUGGUCCCACAAUGUUCUCGGCAACCCUAUGACUGCCUUGUUCUCUAAGCUGAAAAGACUCAAAAUUUGCCUUAAGGGUUUUAACAUCGAACACUAUAGCAACCUUUCGGACCGUGUUAAAUUAAAGAGGGCUGAAUUGGAACACCAACAACUCCUAACUCUUAAAGGAGAGAAUGCCAUUGAGAAAGAACUCGAACUACAAGACCAGUUGAAAAUCCUUGAAGAGGCUGAAACUAAUAUUCUUAAGCAAAAGGCUAAAAUCCAAUGGAUGAGAGAUGGUGACAAAAACACAAAGUUUUUCCACUCGAUUGUAGCCUUUAAAAAUAAGAGGGACACUCUAAGAAUUCUAGUGGAUGACAGUGGGAAUAGACUUGAAACUUAUGACGACAUGUCUAAAGAAGUUGUUUCCUUCUUCUCUAAGCUUCUUGGUUCUUCUGACCCCAUGGUCAAGGACACCGAUCCUGCUCUUCUUAAUAACCUCCUUAAUUUUUCCAUGUCGGCUGAAGCUUCCUCUAAUCUCGUGAAGGAAGUUACUGAAGAGGAAAUAAAAAAAUGCUAUCUUUUGUCAAGGCAACGAUAA